GUGACCUUUCAUUUUGAAGGUUCGUCUACAACAGAAUCGCAACAAGAAGAGAAAGACAAAAAAGACAAUAAUGUUUGCAAACUAUGACGAAAUGGUAGUCUUUGCCCGAACUACUCGUCCCUGUCAACACAUUUUGUGCUAACUUCAUAACUUUUCGGCAAGUUUCUUUAUUCAAGCAACCAAUAUUUUUCUGAUUGGCACCUGUAUCACGGAGGCUGAUGGUUGAAACAGACAUUUUACGAAUAGUUUAUUAAUGGUACACAUAACUAUAAACACACGUCACUUUAUCAGUAUAGCAUAUUUGUAUUGACUUUGAAAAUGCACGCAUCACGGCUCGACAGGGCCACGGAAUGAGAAGAAUCGAGAGUACAUCACCGUCACGGCUCCAGUACGCUCAAUUCGCGUGCGUGCUGUGUGUUUUGCGCAGUCAUACGUCUAUCUGUUAGAUUCGUACGCCAAGGCUAGUGAAAUGACGAUAAGAUUUCCUUUCUAUUUAGCUAUUUCAUUUUCUUCAUCUCACUUUCCACUCCCAUUUCUUCUAUCCCAUUCUAAUCUCCUUCCUUCCUAGUUCUUCCCUCUUACCCUUUUUCCGUCUUCCUUCAUACAUUCCGUGUCUUCGUCUCUCUGAGGUAACUUGAUAUUUUUUAUUCUUCCUUUCAUUAUGUUGCUCACUCCUCCCAUCCAUAUUUACUCCACUCUAAUUUCAGUCAUUCAUUUCUUUGAUGCCUUUCUUGUCUUACAGUCUUCUGUAAUUUUCAGUGGAGGGAAGAGUUAUAUUAGUUUAUAUUUAUACCACCAAUAGCCCUCCCCUCCCCUAUUACUUUUUUGAUGACCCACCAGGCCCAAACACGUGUUAUUAGGAAUUUCCAAGAAUCAAAAUGGCUUCUUACGCUUUGCCGUACGAGUCUUGGUGUCCAGGAUCGAAAGGUGAUUUAAUCGUCUUCAAAAGACCAGCUAGAUAUGACCAUUAUGCUGUAAAUGUCGGCAAUGGCUACAUUGUACAUCGUACAGCUAUCGAUGACUCAAAUAGCGUCGACGUCUUGGAUGGUUUACGCAUCGCAUCCAGUGCAAAUUCUGGCGUAGCAAUCAUUAAAAAAGAAAUGUUCAAAGACGUUUGGAAACCAGGAGAUGAAGUAAWAGUUGAAAGCAGACAAACUACGCUUUCUUGUGAAGAAAUUGUGCGGAGAGCUUUGUCUAAGAUUGGCCAAAUUGGAUACAAUCUACUGUGGGAGAACUGCGAGCAUUUUGCGCGCUGGUGUCGCUAUGGCGAGGAGAAAAGCGAACAAGCUGACGCGUUGAAAGUUGCUGCCGGUGUUGCUGUCGGUGCUGGAGUUCUCGCUGGAGCUGCAGUACUAUAUAAAGCUUUAUCAAAUUCCCCUUCAAAAGAAAAAAAUCCUCGACAUUAAACUUUAACGUUUACCAAUUAUGAACGGAAUGCUGAUYUUUGCCCGAACUGUGCGUCCUCGUCAACAAACUCUGUGUUAACUUUGAUCAUUAUAAGUAUUCAGCAAGUUUUCUUGUUCAAGCAGUAUUUUAACGUUUGCAAAGUGUGAAUAAAAUAGUGAUAUUUUCCCUAA